UUCGAUUUUACCGUCAUGGCACCCGUUUUCAAGUUGAAGUAUAAUGAUUUCAUGGGUGUUGCUGAACCCAUUAGGUAUUUGUUAGCCUAUGGUGAGAUAAAAUACGAAAAUGUAGAAAUCAAGGAUAAUGUUGACUGGAUAGAGGAGAAAAGAUUCCCUUUCGGCAAGCUUCCAGUUUUGGAAGUAGACAAGAAGGUUCUUUACCAUUGUGUGGCAAUCAGCCGCUAUGUGGGAAAGUUGGUGGGCUUACUGACACCAGACGACUUGGAAGCAGCUGAACUGGAUGCCAUUGCAAUGAGCCUUCACGAAUAUUGGCAAAAGGUCUACCAAUGGUAUAACGAAACAAACGAGAUGAAAUCAGUUUUGGAGAAGGAGCUAGUUGAAAAGAUCUGUCCGAAAUAUCUUGGAGAGUUCCAACAAAUCGUUCAAAAGAAGGGCAGCUACUUUGGUGGGACUAAACUAAGUUGGGUGGACCUCUACUUCGUCGCUAUAGUUGAAUCUAUUGAAGCCAUGUGGGGAUCCAAGAUUCUGGACAAAGACUAUCCAAAACUGCACCUGGUUUACAAGCAUGUCCAUGAGAUUCCAGUCAUUAAUGCUUAUGUCAGCAGCAGGCGUAAUUAUAAAUACUGAUUUGAUGAGAAUAAACUCUCUGAAAUAGGAUUGAGGCUUUUAAAUGAGAAGUUUGUUCAACAUUUCGUUUAAUUUUGUAAAAAAGCAAAUAAAAUUUUUGUUCAACAUUU